AUGUCACAAACCCUAAGAAAGAGAGGUGGCAAGAAGCUUGCCAAUUCCUCGUCUCCCGUCACUACCGAAGAUGAAUUAGACAAAUUAGCCACUCACAUCUCCACGCCAAAGGAUCCCAACUACAAGUACUACUAUGGGUUGUUUGUGAUCACGGUGUUUGCUACCUACACCAGAUUCAUCAAGAUCGGAUACCCCGAGAAGGUCGUCUUUGACGAAGUCCAUUUCGGUAAGUUUGCCUCGUACUACUUGGAAAGAACCUAUUUCUUCGACUUGCACCCUCCAUUUGCUAAGCUCUUGAUUGCAUUCGUGGGAUGGUUGGUCCGCUACGACGGCUCCUUCAAGUUCGACAACAUUGGCGACAGCUACCUCGCCCAGAACGUGCCAUACGUGGCCUACAGAGCGUUGCUGGCCAUCCAGGGCACCGCAGUGGUGCCAUUGAUGUACCUCACCAUGAAGACGUUGAACUUCUCGGUGGCUGCCUGUUUCUUUUCCAGUUUGUUAGUGUGCUUUGACAACGCUCACGUCAUUGACUCCAGAUUGAUCUUGUUGGAUUCCACCUUACUGUUGAGUGUUGCAUUGACCAUUUUCUCGUACGCCAAGUUCUCUACCCACCGCAAGGCUCCUUUCAGCGGGCUCUGGUGGAGAUGGCUCUUGGCCACAGGUGUGUCGUUGUCUUGUGUGAUUUCCACCAAGUACGUGGGUGUGUUCACCUACGUGACUAUUGGAAUUGCUGUGCUCCACGAGUUGUGGUACUUGAUGGACCAUAAGAAAGGACUCACGUUGGCAGAGCUUUCCAAGCACUUCUUUGCCAGAUUGUGGGCAUUGAUCAUCAUCCCAUUCGUCAUUUACUUGUUCUGGUUCUACGUCCACUUUGCCAUUCUCACCAAGUCUGGUCCUGGUGACUCGUUCAUGAGCUCGGAGUUCCAGGAAACCUUGCUGGAAUCGCCCAUAGCCAGGUUGUCCAAGGACGUCCACUACUACGAUAUUAUCACCAUCAAGCACAAGGACACCGAUGCCUUCUUGCACUCGCACAAGUUCGACUAUCCUUUGCGUUACGAGGACGGUAGAAUUUCCUCAAACACUCAGCAAGUCACCUGUGUCUUUGAUCCCGAUGGAAACGAGCCUUCUGACGUCAACAACCACUGGGAAAUUGUUCCUGCCAACGACAACGGAGUCAAGUCGGAUGUGUACACAAACGAUGUGAUUAGACUUAGACACGUUGGAACUGGUGGAUACUUGUUGACCCAUGACGUUGCCUCGCCAUUGAGACCCACCAACGAAGAGUUCACCAUUGCCUACGACAACGACGAAGUCGACCACUACAACGAGACAUUGUUCAGACUUCGUUACUACUCUACAUCCGGAUCCAAGGACGCCAGAAAAUUGGUCCAGACCAAGGGAACCUCGUUGAAGUUCAUCCAUGUGGAUACUGUGGUCGCCAUGUGGACCCACGUCGACGAACUCUUGCCUGAAUGGGGUUUCGGACACCAAGAAGUUAGUGGUAACAAGAAGGUCCAAGACAGAGACAAUGCCUGGUACAUCGACGAGAUCGUCAACUUGGCUGAAGAGGACCCCAGAACCGAGUAUGUGCCCAAGAAAGUCACAACCAUCCCAUUCUUGAAAAAGUGGUGGGAGUUGCAGUUUUUGAUGUUCCAUCACAACAACGUGUUGACUUCUGAACAUCCAUUCGCUUCACAGCCAGACUCGUGGCCUUUAGCAUUGUCUGGUGUUUCCUUCUGGAAUGACAACGACGAGAAGAAGCAGAUUUUCUUUGUCGGAAACGUGGUAGGCUUCUGGUUGGAGGUUUGUUUCCUUGCCAUCUACCUCGGAUUAUUAUUGGCAGACCAAGUAACCCGCAGAAGAAACCUCUACCUCGUCAACGACAAGGCCAGAUCCAAGUUGUACAACACCUUGGGCUUCCUCUUCAUUGGGUGGUGUGCUCACUACUUGCCUUUCUUCUUGAUGAACCGUCAAAAGUUCUUGCACCACUACUUGCCUGCCCACUUGAUUGCGGCCUUGUUCAGUGGUGGGUUGGUCGAGUUCAUCACCUCCGACAACUCCAACGACGGACUUGCCAAGGGGGUCAACAAGAGACGUUUGAUGACCUUGGUUACCGUCUGUUCCGUGGCAGUGGUGUGGUUCUUCUUCUACUUCAGACCAGUUACUUAUGGAGACAUUUCGUUGUCGCCAGAAGAGGUCAACAAGAGACAAUGGUUGGACAUCAAGUUGCACUACGCCAAGUAA